ACCAAUACACUCACCUGCUUCAUCUUCGAUCCAGCAGCUGAUACAGCUUCUUGCUGGCCAUGGUGAAGAGUAAGGGAGCCAAGGCCAAGAAGGCGAAGAAGCCGAAAGAUGGCGAGGCCAUCGAUGCUGAAACCGCCCUCCAGGUGAAAGAAGUCGAAGAACGACUCCAGGCCUUGACUGUGGAGAUGAAACAGCUUGAGGGAAAGAUGAAGCACUGCGCCCUGGAGGCCAAACGAGCAGAGCUCACGGAGAAGGAGCUCAAGCCGUUGCCCGAAGACCUGAAGGUCUACAGACAGGUGGGGAAGAUGUUCAUCCAACAGCCCAAGCCGGAUCUCGCCAGGUCGUUGAAGGCACAGGUGGCGGUGAAGACCUUGGAGGGCCAACAACUGCGCCAGACCCUGGGCAAGAUCCAAGAGAAGGUGAAAAGCGAGGCGAAGGGUCUCCAAGAGCUCAUCGGUCCUGAGAGGAUGAAACAGCUCUUCCAAGGUGAGACAACGGCGGACCAGUCUGCAGGCGCACCCGCGCCGGACGCCAAUGCCAUGAUGCCCAUCUUCGGCAAGGAAAAGCCAGCGCAAGAGCCGGCAGAAGGUGAGCAAGCGCCACAGAAGGACCCCGAAGCGAAGCCUGCCCCCACGGCGGUGGAGGUCUGAAAGCCACUUCCUGGGGGUUAAAGCGUCACAAAUCCGGCAGAGACGGGAAAGACCGGAGAAAAGGAAAAACCCAUCUGAGAGUGUCCGAGAUGUCCUGCGAGUGUCUUCACGCUUCUUUUUUGGGGGGGGUAAGAACAUCUAUGGUUUUGGAUGGAAGACAUGUCUUUGUUUUCUUUCUCCUGAAAGAACCGUCAGGCAUGCAUACAGUACUUGCUUCAUUCUUUCCAUCGAUCUUGCUAUAUCUUGCUGGAGUGGCAACAUGUGGCAACUAAUCAAGCCCGAUGGCUG